AUGUCCCCUUUGCAAACAAUUCAAGCUGGCCGCACUAACAGCAGCCACUUUUUGAGCGAGUGUAACUUCCUGCCAGACCAAGAUCGCAGAUACAUGGUGAAAGCCAGACAGAUUGCAGAAAUUUUGGAAGAUAUCCCCAAAUGCGAGAGUAGCAUAAAUCCAGUUGAUCCCGCUUGUGAUCUGAGAGAUGAAGAGUCGAAGACCAGCUCCAGAGCCUACCGCAUUCAGGCUCGCCAAUCCCCAUAUGUGGACAUGUUCUAUCACCAUCAUCCAGUGCGUAUAGCUAUAGAUAGCGGAGCAACUGGGAACAUGAUUCGCCACCGAACGGUUCAGUGCCUCGGUUGUCAUAUAGCAGCCAGUUCCCAAUCAGUCCACCAGGCAGAUGGUUCAUCCCCUCUUCAUGUUGUUAGCGAGACACGCCUUUCAUUUCACCGUUAUGGCAAAUAAUUCAUCUUUGAAGGACUGGUGAUUGAGAACCUGGACGUGGAUGUAUUGGCAGGUACACCUUUCAUGGAAAUCAAUGACGUUAAAGUCCGCCCAGCAAAGCGAUUAUUGGUUCUGCCUAUACAUAUGGAUCGGUGCAAUCUCAAGCAUCAACCGCAACAGCACGCCGUGCAUUGGUGCUCCGUGCCCCUCCAACAUCAACGACAGUCUGGCCUGGUGAAUUCGUUGAGAUAGAGCUACCAGGUGAUGCUCCAGCAGAUACAAAGUAUGCCUUAGAGCCUCGAAUUGAUGCCCCCAGUGUAAAAAGAUUAACAGCAUCCCAAUUGUGGCCCUGUCCCAACAUAGUCUCAAGUGUCGCAGGGAGAAUACGAAUUCCAAAUCUCUCGUCAGAACCCCGGUCGUUAAAGCGGAACGAGCAUUUCUGCCAGGUACGGCCAGUGUAUACACCUGAUUUAAACAAUGGUGAUCACAAAUUAGCAGUCCACCCAGCUCCUAAGUCGUUACAAACCCAUAAGUUUUCGUCCGAUGUAUGCCUUGAAACAGACAACCUCCUACCCCAAGAUGUCAGAAGGAAGUUUACCUUACUUAUGGAGUCCUAUGACCAUGUUUUCGACCGAAAUAUCAAGGGCUAUAACGGAGCAGCAGGCUCAUUUGAAGCUAAGUUGAAUAUGGGACCUGUGGAACCACCUCAGCGAAAGGGUCGUCUACCUCAAUAUACCCGUGACCAGUUGCAGGAACUUCAGGCAAAGUUUGAUGAGCUUGAAAAGCCCCCCCAGGGGGGCGAAAAUCCUAGGAAUUUCGCCCCCCUUUAGGAAAUUCGCCCCACUUUAGAAACUUCACCUUUUCUCUAGGAUUGUCAUCCUCCGUUCAAAAUUCCGCCCUUCCUAACAGUUGCAUGGGAUAAUUAUUACAUGGCUUUAAUCAUUUGAAAUCAGUAUCAAUUCAAAAUUGUUAAGACAGAACUUGAAAUAACAACCGAUCAAUGAUCGGUAAGGAAUUGCUUAUGAUCGGCGGAAAAGCAGAGUUUCGGUUUCUAACCUGAAAAAAAGCAGGGAAAGUCGCGACUGCCGAUCACCAUGAUCGGGAACUUUGGGAACGUCAUUUCAUGCCCUGCAUGUAAGAAUACAAAUUUACAAUUACAUGUAUCGAAAGGGUUUUACAGUUACAGUAGAUGAAUACUCAAUAGGACUUAUGACGCUUCACAGCACACCAUGCAUAUCUUGCAUUUUCAGUGUUAAUUCUUAAACUCAUUGUUAAAAAGUAAUCACCGUGGUGGUUAUUGUAAUUAUUGGUAUUGUUUUGCAUCCACGUUUUGUCAUUAUCGGAAAAUGUAUGGUUUGUCACUAUUUUUUACUUGCAUUAUUUCACUAUAGUUUGUAAAUCUCAGAAGCGAAGGGUAGAACUUGCCAAUAGGCAAUAAUCCAAUAAUAUACCUUUCAAAAAAGACAAGAAAGCUUUUAGUUUUGCAGAGUUACAUUCUCAAAUGUUUAAGGCAUGCACUAAUAAAAUCAAAGUAUCAUGAAAUGAUUUGAAUAAACCACACCACAUAUACAGGGUGUAUAAAAAAAACGCAACCUCGGAAUUUCCCAAGAAAUCGACAUUGUUUUAAAGACAAAAGAUUUUAAGCGCCUGGGAAUUUAAAAUAGCAUAACUGUCAAAAUUACUGCACACGUGAGUGCAUAAAGCAAAAUUUAUGCAUUUAUUUAAUGCACAACAACAGUAAUAUGAUCUAUUAGCAAUUCGAUUUCAAUUCCCAGGGGCCUAAAAUCUUUUAUGCUUAAGAAUUGCAAAGUGAUUUCUUAGGAAAUUCCGAGGUUGCGUUUUUUUUAUACACCACCCUGUAUAAUGCAAUUUUCUUAGGGAAGCGAAGAAUCAAGAUUACAUCACUGACACGGAAAGUUGACGAUUCAACUGUGGCGGCUAUUGUUAACACUUAACACUCGUAUUGAUAAAAUUUGCGAGCGAUUAUUUUUAUAAUAUGUUAUGUGAAUGUAAACUUCCAGAAGAAUACGACAACAUGAUUUUAUGCGAUCUCUGUGAUGGUUCCACUUUAGAUGUGUAGAAUAUGACACUAGUCUAAGUACCUCAAAUGAGUGGUUAUGCAGACUGCGCACACCACCAGUUGCUAAGAAGCCUAAAAUGUGUAUGUAAUUUUGUCUCCUUGUAAUAAAUAAAUAAAUCACACAAUAAAUCUUUUCAACUUGCAAUCGUUUUGUUUUUAGAUAAAAAAUUCAAAAUUUAUAUGGGGGGGGCGAAAUUCCUAAAGGGGGGGGGCGAUAUUCCUAGGAGAUUCGCCCCCCAGGGAAGCGAUAUUCCUAGGAGAUUCGCCCGGGGGGGGGCGAAUAUCCUAGGAAUAUCGCCCCCACACCGGAAGAUGUCAAUGUAUCCGUGGAGUAUCUGAACCCGUCAUUUCUUGUGAAGAAGUCGAGUGGUGGCUCCCGCCUUGUAACUGCCUUCGCAGAUGUUGGUCGUUAUAGUAAACCACAGCCUUCAUUGAUGUCAAAUGUUGAUUCUACCCUUCGCCACAUAGCUCAAUGGAAACACCUAAUCGCUACAGAUCUAACAAGUGCCUCUUAUCAGAUUCCACUCGCACAUGAGUCUAUGAAGUAUUGUGGUGUUGCUACUCCUUUUCGCGGUGUAAGAGUAUACGUGCGUUCUGCUAUGGGCAUGCCGGGCUCGGAAACCACACUUGAGGAGUUCAUGUGUAUACAGAGUGCUGGGUAAUCUGUUGGAAGAAGGGGUCGUUGCAAAAAUCGCAGAUGACCUAUAUUGCCAAGGCAAUACCCUUGAAGAGCCUUUACAAAAUUGGAAGAGAGUCUUGGUAGCCUUGCACAAAUCUGAUCUCCGUCUCUCCGCACUAAAAACCGUGAUCAAUCCUAAGUCCACAACGAUAUUAGGAUGGAUAUGGAAUUCAGGUACACUAAGUGCAAGUCCACACCGCAUUGCGACCUUCGCUUCGUGCCAAAAGCCAGAGACUGCGUAUCGACAAAGAUAA